GGGGGGGGCUGUGCCCUCCCCAGGGACGGCUCUUUCCCCGGAGCCUGGCACCAACCCCCGCACAUGCCUUUCAGCGACGUCCCGUGUGACGAAGAGGGCGGGAGCCGCGCGUGCUGCGCUGCAGCCCGGAGCAGCCCCCGCGGCCUUCCCGGAGCAGCCCUGCCCUGGCGGAGGGGUUUAUGGGGGACGAAUAGACGCUCCGGGCGAAAUGGUUUCCCUCUGCUCGUGGAUGUUGCUGUCCCCAUCCCCGUCCCCGUGCGCUCGGGAACGUGUCCCCACCCCAUCUCGCCCACAUCCGGCUCCACGGUGAGGAGGGGCCCUCCGACGAGAUGCAGCCCCCGGGGGCCCUGCAGGACCCUGGUGAUCCCCGGCGGGAGCAGCCCAGCACCCGUGGUGCGGACAGGCCUCUGGACCAGCCACCUCCCGGCCCCAGAGACGAGCCCCUGCCCCCCCAGCAACCAGGUGCUGGGACCCUGCAGAGAGCUGAGCAGCAGUCUGCUGAGGAGGGGCCGGUGAUCCUGGAGCUGCAGAGGACGUGCGCAGGGAGCCUGGAGGAGAGGAGCUCCCUGACUCCUGAGCCAGGACAAGUGCAGAAGGGGCAGGGCAGGCCUCCAAAGCAGGAGGAGAGCUCGGAGCUUCGGGAGGUGUUUGAGGACGUGGCUGUGUAUUUCACGCGGAAGGAGUGGGAGCUGCUGGACGAUGACGACAAGGUGCUUUACCAGGACCAGAUGGUGAAGAAUUACCAAGCCCUCGUUUCCCUGGGCUAUCGAGGUCCCACACCUGACUUAAUCUGCAGCAUCCAGCAAGGACGGGUGGAUCUUUGGACCUGUGCUGAUGAGGACUGUGGGGAAAUGUCAAGAUGGGAGGACCUGGUGCCAGGAGGUGCCUGGCUGCUGAGCAGAGCUGAGGAGCAGCCUCCUGUGGAAGAGUCUGCAGACAUGGAGCCAGCGCAGACUUCCCCAGGGAGUAUGGCUGAGAUGGACUCCCUGAGACCUGAGAAGGAGCGAUGCUACGAGAGUCAGGGGAGGCCCCAAAAGCAGAAGCAGAAGGAGAAGGUAGCCAUGAGCCAGGACCGGUGCAUCCCCCGAGGGAGGAUCACUCACCACUGCACUGAGUGCCGGAAGAAUUUCACCUGCUUGCAAGACCUGUCCCAGCAUGAGUGUGUGCGGAAGCACUGCACCAAGUGUGGGAAGAGAUUCAGGCAGCUGUCCAACUUGGCGAGGCACUGGUGCAUGCACACAAGAGAGAAGCCACAUCAGUGUUCAGAGUGCGGUAAGACCUUCGCUCACUCCUCCAGGCUGGCUCAGCACCACCGUAUCCACACAGGGGAGAAGCCACAUCAGUGCUCAGAGUGUGGGAAGAGUUUCGCUCAGGCCUCCACACUGACUCAGCACCAGCGUGUCCACAGAGGGGAGAAACCACAUCAGUGCACAGAGUGUGGGAAGAGUUUCACUCGCUCCUACAGCCUGGGUCAGCACCACCGUAUCCACACAGGGGAGAAGCUAUAUCAGUGCUCAGAGUGUGGGAAGAGCUUCACUCAGUCCUCCAGCCUGGCUCUGCACCACCGUAUCCACACAGGGGAGAAGCCCCAUCAGUGCUCAGAGUGUGGGAAGAGCUUCACUUUCUCCUUCCACCUGGCUCGCCACCAGCGUAUCCACACAGGGGAGAAGCCACAUCAGUGCUCAGAGUGUGGGAAGAGUUUCACUCGGUCCUGCUACCUGUUUCAACAUCAGCGUAUCCACACAGAGGAGAAGCUAUAUCAGUGCUCUGAGUGUGGGAAGAGCUUCACUCAGGCCUCCAGCCUGGCUCAGCACCACCGUAUCCACACAGGGGAGAAACCCCACCGGUGCUCAGAGUGUGGGAAGAGCUUCACUCAGUCCUCAAAGCUGGCUCAGCACUGUCGUAUCCACACAGGGGAGAAGCUAUAUCAGUGCUCAGAGUGUGGGAAGAGCUUCACUCAGUCCUCCACCCUGGCUCGGCACCAGCGUAUCCACACAGGGGAGAAGCCACAUCAGUGCUCAGAGUGUGGGAAGAGAUUCACUCGGUCCUCCUACCUGGCUCAACACCAGCAUAUCCACACAGGGGAGAAGACAUAUCAGUGCUCAGAGUGUGGGAAGAUCUUCAAUCUGGUCUCCCACCUGGCUCAGCACCAGCGUAUCCACACAGGGGAGAAGCUACAUCAGUGCUUGUAGUGUCUGAAGAACUUCUCUUUCUCCUCCCACCUGGCUCAGCAUCAGCGUGUCCACACAGGGGAGAAGCCACACCAGUGCUCACAGUGUGGGAAGAGCUUCACUUACUCCUCCGACCUGGCUCUGCAUCGGCGUAUCCACACAAGGGAGAAACCCCAUCAGUGUUUGGAGUGUGGGAAGAGCUUCACUCUCUCCUCCAUCCUGGCUAGGCACCAGUUUAUCCACAGAAGGGUGAAGCCAACUUCAUCAGAACUGAGUACCACCAGGUGCCAACUGCCCCUUCUGCCCUCCUUCCCUCCAUGCCAUUCUCUAGAGCAGCUUCCUUGGUAAUCAAGCCCAACAUUUUAAUGCAAUCCCCCUGUGGUGGAUCUCUACAUCCUCUCAAGACCUAUGAAAUGCGAUAAUAGAGGUAAAGGAGGUGCAGGCUGUGACAUGUCCUGCCUCUUGUGUUGAAGGGUGGGGAAAGAAUGAAGACAUCCUUUGUGUGAAAUGGAGCUUGUUGUAAUCUCCUCUCUGGAGAGGGAGCAUCACCUCUCUGGACCCGCUUGAGAUGCACCUGGCUCAUGUUCAUCUUGGAGUCAAUAAUGACUCCAAGAUCCCUUUCCGCCUCUGUGCUCUCAAGGGGGGAACUCCCCAGCCUGUAUGUGUGCUGUGGAUUCCUUCUGCCCAGGUGCAGCACCCUGCAUUUGUCUGCGUUGAACCCCAUCCUAUUCUCGUCUGCCCACUUUUUUGUAGUCUUUCUAAACCUAGUUGCAGCCUCUCUCUCCCUUCAAGUGUGUCCACCUCACCCCACUUCGUAGUGUCAUCAGCAAACUUGAACAGCGUGGUUUCCACCCCGUCGUUCAAGUUGCUGAUGAAGAUGUUAAACAGUGCGGGCCUGAGGACCAAGCCCUGGGGGACCCCACUGCUCACAUCUCACCAGGUUGAGUACAACCCGUCCACCACUACUCUCUGGGUGUGCCCCAUCAGCCAAUUUUUUUACCCAUCCAACUGUGGAGGCAUCAAUGCUGCAGUCACUUAAUUUAUUGAUGAGGAUGGGGUGAGAGACAGUGUCAAAGGCCUUCUUAAAGUCUAGAAAGACUAUGUCCACAGCGACACCAUCAUCCAAGGAUUUAGUUGCUUGGUUGUAAAAGGCAAUCAGGUUGGUCUGGCAGGACCUGCCUUUGGUGAACUCAUGCUGAUCGCCCCCAAGUAUGAUCUCCCCUGCAGGCCCCCCACAGGUGUGCUCCUUGAUGAUCCCCUCCAAGAGCUUCCCGAGCACCGAGGAGAGGCUUACAGGCCUAUGGUUACUCAGGUCCUCCUUCCUCCCCUUCCUGAAAAUUGGGACCACAUUAGCCAGUUUUCAAUCCCCCGGCACCUGUCCGGAUGACCACGAAUGCUUAUUCAGCCGGGCCAAAGGCUCCGCGAUGACCCCUGCCUGCUCCCUCAACACCCUUUGGGUGGAGGGCAUGUGGACCUGCAGAUUUAAAAAUGUCUAGCCCUUCCAGAAGAUCCCUAACUACAUCUGCACUGACUGAAGGCUUGAUAGAGCUAUCCCCAAGGUUGUCCCUACCUCUGGUAGGUGGGAUAUCCCGGUCCCUGUUCAGGAAAACAGAGGCAAAGAAACUGUUAAAAAUAUCAGCUUUCUUGUCUGGCGUGGCCACCAGAUUACCAUUUGUGUCUUGCUGGGGCCCUACAUUGCCUGGUGCCCUCUUCUUGCUCCCAAUGUACUUGAAAAAGGACUUUUUGUUGUUCUUAAUCCUGGACACUGGCCUGAGCUCCAUCUCUGCCUUGGCCUUCCUAAUAGCCCUCCUGCAGUCCCGGGCUGAGGAGGAGUACUCCUCCUUGGUGGUAGUUCCCCCCUUCCACUGGUUGUACGCCUCCCUUUUAGUCCUCAGGCAUUGCUGAAUUCCCUUGCUGAGCCAAGGGGGUUUCUGAGCGCUCUUACCCUGCUUGCUUCUCUCAGGGACUGUUAUCCUUUGGGCCUGGAGGAUCACCCCCUUAAGGUACGGCCAUCCCUCGUGGGCUCCCAUCAAGUCUCCCUUCUGGGCCUUUAGUGCGUGCCCCACUAGUCUCCUAAGCUCAUUGAAGUUGUUUUCAAAUUUAGUCUGGAGAAAAGAAUACUGAGGAAGGCUUGAAGGGCAGCCUUCAACUACCUGCAGGAGGGUUCAAAAGAGGAUGGAGCUGGGCUGUUCUCAGUGGUGGCAGAUGCCAGAACAAGGAGCAACAGUCUCAAGUGGCAGCAAGGGAAGUUUAGGUUCGAUAUUUGAAGUAUUUUCUUACUAGAAGGGUAGUUAAAACACUGGAAUAGGUUACCCAGAGAGGUGGUGGAAGCUCUAUCCUUGGAAGUUUUCAAAACCUGUCUAGAGAAAGGUUUGUCUGGGAUGAUCUAGUUGGAGAUGGCCCUGCUUUGAGCAGGGGGUUGGACUAGAUGACCUCCUGAGGUACCUUCCAACCCUCAUUUUCUAUGGCUUUUUAGAGACAUGCCUGUCCUAUACAUUUGGGUGUAUUGGUUAUAGCCCUGUUGGUCUUCCCUGACAUAUAUUUGUUUUUUCACAGACCUGCAUUUUGCAUAUUGCCUAAAGUUUCUAUUCCACUCAGGAGAGCCCACAAACACCAGCAUAAUCAUCCUGACUGAAGAAGGGUGUUUGUGCCCAAAAGCUUGUACAGAACUAUUAUUCCAAUGAUUUAAUUGAUCUAAUAAAAGAUCUCAAAUUUAUCCAAAGAA